UCAGAGGCUGGCCAACGAGCCAGAAGAGGCAGCCCCCUUCUUCUUCUGCUGCUGCUGCUGGUGGUGGUGGUGGUGUAACACUUCUGGAGGCGAUGCGGUAAAGCCUUGAAGGAGGAGAGAAGCAGAGAGACACCUCCUGAUGGGGAGCCGCUGAUUGACAGAGAGGAAAGCAGAAAGAGAGAGUGCGGAAACAGCGCAUGGUGAGGAAGCCAAAGAGGAGGAGAAAGAGGAGGAGGUGAGACGAGUGACUAGCAACAGAGAAGAAUAAGUGGUGGUACAGUCCGACUGUAGACCCUCUGCCUCCAGGCGCUCGGUAGAGAUGGAUCCGCAUUCAGCUCUCAACAACAUGACUUGGCUUGUGCUUUCCCUCCUGCUCCUGCUCGGAUGCCAAGAUAGUCUUUGCCAGCAGUCGUCGGAAGCUCAGAAAGAGGAGGACGCCAACGAGGACAGCACGGUUUUCACCAGGAUCCUGGACAGCCUCCUGGACGGCUACGACAACAGGCUCCGCCCGGGACUCGGAGAGAAUGUGACGGAAAUCAAGACGAACAUCUUUGUCACCAGCUUCGGUCCAGUGUCCGACACAGAGAUGGAAUACACCAUAGACGUGUUCUUUCGUCAAAGCUGGAAGGACGAGCGUCUCUGCUUCAAAGGCCCCAUGGAGAUGCUCCCAUUAAACAACCUGCUGGCCAGCAACAUCUGGACUCCUGAUACAUUCUUCCUCAACGGCAAGAAGUCCAUCGCUCACAACAUGACCACACCCAACAAGCUGCUGAGACUGAAGGACGAUGGAACCCUGCUCUACACAAUGAGGUUGACGAUCUCAGCAGAAUGCCCCAUGCAACUGGAGGACUUUCCCAUGGACGCCCACGCCUGCCCGCUCAAGUUUGGCAGCUAUGCCUAUCCAGUAUCAGAGGUGGUCUACACAUGGACUCAAGGAGCUGCUAAGUCUGUUGUGGUGGCAGAAGACGGUUCCAGGCUCAACCAGUACCAUCUAAUUGGACAAACAGCUGACACAGAGGACAUACGCACCAGCAGAGGACAAUACACUGUGAUGAUGGCGCACUUCUACCUGAAGAGGAAGAUCGGAUAUUUUGUCAUCCAGACAUACAUGCCAUGUUUCAUGACUGUCAUCCUGUCCCAGGUGUCGUUUUGGCUCAACAGAGAGUCGGUUCCCGCACGGACCGUGUUUGGGGUGACUACGGUGUUGACUAUGACCACACUCAGCAUCAGCGCCAGAAACUCGCUUCCCAAAGUAGCCUACGCAACAGCCAUGGACUGGUUCAUUGCUGUCUGCUACGCUUUCGUCUUUUCAGCUCUUAUCGAGUUUGCCACAGUGAACUACUUCACCAAAAGGAGCUGGGCCUGGGAUGGCAAGAAAGCUCUGGAAGCACAGCACCCAAAGAAACGAGACCCAAUGGUGCUCUCAAAAAAGGCCAACAACGUUUGCUCGGCAGGUGUCAACUACACCCCCAACCUCACCAAGGACGUGUCCAUCUCCACCAUCUCCAAUACGACGUCGGUGCAGCUGCGGGGCUCAGAGAGCAAACUAGUGGACCCCAAAAAGACGUACAACAGCGUCAGCAAGAUUGACAAGAUGUCGCGAAUAGUGUUCCCUGUCCUCUUCGGAACCUUCAACCUCGUCUACUGGGCCACGUACCUGAACAGAGAACCGAUGGUGAAAGGAGUUGUCGCUUCCACAUAAUUGCUUUUUUUGUUUGUUUGUUUGUUUGUUUUUGUGCGGGGUUUAUUCUUUCCAAAACUGAAUUUGUGUAAAAGAAGAAAGGGUUUGAUCCCAAUCAACCUCUGCUUUAGAAAAAGAAAGUGGAAAAAGCAAACAUCUGCGCUUGAAGAACAAAGAAACAUCUAUCUAAUUCAGGCAAUCUGAAUGGAUGCAAGGCUGCAAGAGGUUUCCUUUCCUUUUCUUGAGGCCUAAAAAAAACUCUGCUUGGUAAUGAAGAAACUGCUUUAAACUUCCUUCUCGUCUAUCCUGCUGCAGUUUGCAUGACAUCUUGUUUAACUGGAAACUGUGGACUCCUUUGUCUUAAAUACCGACCAUGUAUAUGUCAUCUCUUAAAGUGCAGAGGCUCACUUAGUUUCAAUUGGAAAGUUGAUUUAAAGAGUAAGCAAUGCUGCGAGUAUAUUAAUUUAGCAUUUUUUGCCAUUCAUGUGAUGUUAUGUUCAAUUGUACUGCUUCAAAACCCUUAGGCUCAAGCCUAGAAUCCCAAAAGUGAGAAAAACAAAUUAGGAAACCCGAGAGUUAAAUAUAAGUCCUCAAUAUUUACAUAAAAAAAUUAGUAAAGCUACAUAUAGACCAAGAAUAUUUCCACAUCUUUUGCCUAAAAGGUGAAAAAAUAGCCAUGAAUGACGUGUUAGCACAGUUCUGGGACUGGGUAUAUGUGAUUUAAAUUACAUUUUAAGCCCUGCUAACUCAGCCGUGAAACUAAUAUACACAGCUGAGAAGCCAGUUACCUGAAAAGCAGCGUGUCACAUACAAAUCAGCGGAGUGAUGUGGAGCAUUCCAAGACUGUGAUUCUGUGAAGUGACCUGGAUUCAAGAAGCCUUUUAAGCAUCCUUGAGCAAAACACUGUGGCGCUAAAAGCUCCAGGAGGUUUUACUUUCAGUUUGACUGCAGCUAAAAAUAACAGUCGACUCUUCACCGUUGUACAAGUAGAUCAUCAAGUAGGACAAAUUUGGGAUUGCCUUUUAAUUAAUUGCGCAUUUGUAAACCUUAAUCUGUCCUGACAAACUGGUAAUGCCCAGUGUAAAAUGUUUCAAGAGUUACAGCAGGAGAGAACAGUAAACAGACAAAAAAGCCUUUAAAUAUCUCAAGAGUUUUUAGGUCAAGCUUUAGAAAUAUGACCUCUUACUUUAUUCUUACACAUCUAUCUCCCAAUAUAGAGUUGUCAGUCUCUGGGUUGGUUUUACAAACAACUUGCAUCUAAAAAAACAUUUUUUAAAUAUUUUGCAGUCACCUCUUAAGCAAUGUAAAAAGAAAUGGGUUCAGUUGGCCUAAAACUAAGUGGCUGUGCAUCGUUUCAGAGGGAAAUGAGAAUAAGCUUAAGUGCAUUUCAAGGACAUUGAGUCAUACCAGGUGCUUUGUCUUAUUCUGACUUCAGUUAUUGUUCAUUUUUGCCUCAGCCACUGUUACAACUACUUAAAUAUAUUGAAAGGCAAUUCAUCAAAAUUAGCUCAGCACAAUCUUUAGUGUUCCUUUGUUUUGUUUCAGUGGAGUAAUGAACCCAAUGUGAUUACUCUUCUAACGUAAAACAGGCCUCUUUACUAGCUAACUAGAUAGUAAGCUUCUCAGCUCAGCUGCUAAAUUGUAGAUAAAAUCAGUUUUUAAAGACGUUCUCUGUGCCUGACGAUGUACAAACCAAAUAUUUCUUUUACUUUUUAUCCUUUAACAUAUGCGAGUAAAACAUUGCACCGUAGCUACGUUCCUCCAUUUUUGUUUUUUGUCACAGAUCUCAGUCUGCCAAAAAAAGGCUCCUCAAAAAUGAUUUUCUCUGUAUGCUCUUCCUUUUCUAGCAACAUAAUGAAUGUAUUUAAAAUUGACCAUUUUUAUUCAAUAGGUUAUAUAAAAGAUAGUUAAAAAAAAAAGGCCUUCUUACUAGCUGGCGAUUUAGGAAGCUCACAGCUGCUUACAAUUUGAUAAAGUCUGUUUUAUAAAGGGGUUCUUUGUGCCUGACUUUCUAAAUAUCCACUAUUUUCUAUUUUAAAAGUCAUCCUCUGACAUAAAAGAGUAGAAGCUAACAGCUUGGCGUUUUAUGUUUGUUGUUAUUUUUCCCGUUCAACCUUAUAAAGGAACAUACAUUACAUUUCAUUUUUAGAAAAGCAAACUUUUUUUGCUGCAAAUUUAUGCUUAAAAAUCAUUUAUUGAUGUUUUUAGGCAGAUGUUUUAUUGAAACAUGUACAUAGAAGUUUUAGUUUUUCAAGGUUGCAUUCCUAGUGAUUCACAAGGAAAAAAAAAAAGUCCAAUGCUGGACUUUGAAUUUUUUAGGCGUACGCUCUUGUCUUGUAUCUUUUCCCUCAAGUUUUGUGUGCUUUUGCUUCAUUCUGUUCUGGAUGUUUGUGAAACAAAAACAAACAUUUGAGAUUUUUGUGUAUUUUCUCCUCUAACUGAGUCAAACCAGUGGCUGUGUGAGCAGAGGUGUGGGGUUAAGGCCGAGGACCAGGUUCUGUGUCGGGACACUCAGGAACAAAAGGAGCAACGUUUGCAGCCAACAGGAUGCCUCUCAGUCUGCGCUUCUUGAACCGCAUCAUAUCGAAGACUGUGAGACUUUAUUGGCCAUUUUCUUGGUGGACUUCAGGGCAGAUCAUAUUCUAUGCGAGUCUGUAAAGGCUUUAACUGGAUCUCAAAUAGGUUUUAGAAAAACAGCUCCAAAUGUACAACACUGAUGACCCAUGUGGGUCCCAAUUUUACCUGCAUCACGUCUUUAAGGGCAACUAUCAAACUCAUGAACAAACUCAUCUGAUGACCAUUUCUCAUUCCUUUUCCUAAACAAAUGGGCCCCAUAAAAAUUGCUGCCUGGGGACAUCAUAACCAGUUUCCUUCCUACAAAUUGCCAACUUCUACUAAAUCUACAUUUAAUAAAGACAAUUGUAUGAUAUUGUGACAGAUAAAAGCUUAGUUCCUGACAGAAUGUGUACUUUCUUUUUGACAAUAUCUACUUUGCCAGUCAGCUCCUACAGUGUCAUAUUUGUAUCAUGAACCUAAAGUAAACAACAUCAGACCUGCUUGUUUAAAGUGCUUAAAGUGACGUGACAUGUGGCAGGACUGAUGCAUUCUGGUGAGCCGCCGCUUCUGGAUACUCAAAGUGUUGCUGUCUUGUCAGCGGCGCUGAAGUCUCUAUGCUUGUUAGGGUGAAAGGAAGUGGAAUGAAAUGCGGGUGAAGGUUGACACGUCCGUCUGACUGUCCAGCCCGGGUCGACAUGGCAGCCGAGGGAAGAUUAGCGGCGCGGACAAGCUCCCAGGGAACAACCUCUGUCUCUGUGCAUCUCUUCACACAGUAGUGAGUCUUUAAGAUUGUUUGCUGGGUUGAUUUGUAGAGCUGCAAUAAGCAUCUUGGGUUCAGUUCAUGAAAUCUGAUGAUAACCGUUGUGUUCCCGUGGUUAUUUUCCCCGACUGCCUUCUCAAAAGCAGCAUUUUUUCCCACUGCAGAGGAGCACCCAUCGACCUAUCCAUCCAUUCAACCUUCCUUCUCACCAUUGUUAGCCAACAAACACCCGCCUGCCCCUCACAUCUUCCUCCAGUGUCUGUCACAGACUCAUCUGCCAUACAUCUGCUAGAAAAGGGAUUUAGUUCCGCUUAAGUUGCUUUCAUUUGGUCAGGGGGGCCCCUUACAGCAAAGCACUUUUCUCCGAUUUAAGCCCCGAGCGGCACCCAAUCCUUAUGACAACUGCUUGUUUUUCUCAGUCUGGAGUCUGGACAGAUUUGUGCGCGUUCUGGGGCAAACGCUGGAUUGAUUAUGUGCACUUCAUCCAAUGCUAGCUCAUGGGUAGUGAGGCAGGCUGGAGUUCUGGAGUUCUCAUUUAUGACUGCAACAGUUGUCUACUACAAACAGACAUCUUUCUGCAUGUAAAAAGAGAAAAUGAAUCUGUGAGGCAAUUGUACAAAAUUUUAUUUGACCGAUAUUUUUUGCAAAAUUGCAGCAAAGGUAUGGUAGCUGAUUCUCUGCCACUCUUAUUUUUGUUUGUUUUAUCUUCUGUAUUUGUCAUACAAAAAAGGGGAUCAAUAAAAAUACUGUAUAAUACACAUCCAUGUAUUAAAGCACUGCUGUAGCUCAACUGUGGCUUCAUUAAACCCUGAUUAAAGCUGCUAAUAUGGAAAGCAAAUCGGACAUUAACACUUGUUAGCGGUAUUGAUCCGAUUCUCUGCUGAUGUACGCAGCUUGUUACAUACUGUGGAUCUUCCAUCAGCGUCUCCAGAGUGGAUUGAUUUAGUUUGUUUUCUCCUGCCAUUUGGAGUGGAAUUUUUCUGAAGCUCCGAUAAUUAGCUGCAAGGCUGUAUUUGAUGAAGAAUAAAAACUCUGUUGAAUUUA